CGCGCUGACACACACACACACACACACACGGAGAUAUUCAUCAGCAGGAUUCUCCGUUAAACAACAAGGUGUGGCGGAAACCGGGAGCGCGAGCCACAGUUUGGAGUGAUAGAUAUGAAGCGUGAACGUUUUAAACCUCCGGAGCCGGAUGAUCCGUUUUGCUGCUGCGACUGUGAAGAAUUGGACGAUGUGUGUGAAAGGUCAGAGACUCCUGUGUGUGGAUUGGGAGAAGCCGUCCCCUCUCUCCCGCUUUCUUCCCGGUCACAUGGACCUCUCCGUUCUCCCUCCCAUGGUUCUACUUCCUGUUCUGCUGCGUGUAGCAGCGCUGCACUGCAUGCUGGGAGUGGUGGUCCUGACCGCGCUUCCUGUCCUGGUACUCUGGUAUUACUACGUCACUCACCGCAAAAAGAGACGCACGCUGUUCUUCCUCACGCUCGCCCUUUUCUCCCUCGCCUACAUGUACUUCCUGUUUAUCACCGAGAUCCUGCCCCGGGGCACUGUGGGUACUCGACAGGUGGUUACCGUGACGACUGGCAUGAUAAUGACAUUGGUCUCUCUUGCGCGCACAAAACGCGGGCCCGGCUUCGUGCGAGCUGAUCCUACCUGUCCGGUUUCAUGCAGAGGCGCCACCCACUGUAAUGGAGUCAGCCAAUCAGAGAGUCCAGGGGGUAAGAAGUGGUGUCCUGUAUGCCGAUUGGUGCGACCUGAGAGGGCGGGGCACUGCAGGAUCUGCGGGGAGUGUGUGUUACGCAUGGACCAUCACUGUGUCUGGAUUAACUGCUGUAUAGGACAGGCCAAUCAUAAGCACUUCCUGUUGACGCUCCUCCUCUUCCUGAUGACAUCACUAUACGGGAUCAGCAUGGUGCUGAGAAGUGUGUGUCCACGGCAGAGCAUAUUCAUCGCUCCACUCUACUGCCCAGGAGUGUACACUCAGUACAGCACUGCGCUGUGUUUCACCUGUGUGUGGUACAGCUGUAUAGUGACAGGUGCGCUUUGCUACCUCCUCGUCCUGCAGCUGGUUAACGUGAGCUGUAACGUGACGGAGCGCGAAGUCCACAUCGCCUUACGCAACCGGAUCGCGCGCUCUCGCUACUUUGGCAUCGUCGUGGAAACGGGUACAUACACACGUGGCUUUGUGCACAACUGGAUCGAGUUCCUGACUAUGAACACACACCAUGGGGCCUUACACACUCACACACACAACGUAUGACCCACAAACAAACGUGUGCCGUUUAUACUUCCUAUACACACUUUUAUACAGGGAAACUGCAGCCGUGCAUUCUGGGUAAAGUGCAUGCACUGAUGUCACUCGAGUGUUUAAAUAAGGCUCAGGAUAUUUACAAACAUGGACAAGCACACACAGACACACGUACAGUACAGUCUUGUUAUGCACUCAGGUGAAUUUAUACUUUCGAACAUCAACAACUCAAACUUUUUCCUAAACUGAGGCCAAAGACAGAAACAGCAGGAGGUUCAAUAGUUUAUGUAUUACAAGCCAUAUUUAAAUUCUAAUAUUAAGCAAUAUAAACACAAUAUCACAUCCUACAGCAUUUUACUGUAGCAGUUACACAGUAUAUAUACAGUGGAACCUCAGAUUGUGAGUAACACGGUUUGUGAGUGUUCCGCAAGACGAGCAAAGAUUUUUAAUACUUUUUGACUUGGAAAACGAACAAGUCUUGGUUUACAAGUACCGAGUAUCAUGUAUCACGCAUGCGCUUCUUGUUUUGAUGGCGAGCGUGAUCAUAACUGAGCCAACGUUUGUUUUGCGUCUGUAUGCGAGUGUGUACAGUGUGCGUGUAAAGCAAAAGCAAGUCUCAUUAGAGAGGGUAAAGAUCCAUUUUGAAAAGUUCCACUGUCUGUAUCAGCUGCUCUUUGUUUCUGUGUGCACGCACGUCAUUGGACACCGUGCCACACACACACACACACACACACACACACACACAGACCCCUCCUACUUUUGCCUUCACAGACACACACACACACUCUCUGCUCUACACAGAAACACUGCUCUGUCACAAUGCUUUUCAAAGGUAAAGUGCAGGUUAAUUUAAUUUAUUUUUACUUUACAGAAGUGAUUUCGUUAGUGUGUUGCUCAAUCGAGUGGUAUUAGAGAGAUUUCUUGUUAAUUUUUUUUAUAAAACAGUGUUUCCGUUGUGUGUGUG